CAAAAAUCAGGCAAUUCUGACAUGGUGUGUUUUGAAAAUUGUAGAAAAACAAUUAUAAAACCUUAUAAUUCUCGAAUUGAUUUGAAUAAUUACAAACAUGCCGAAAGUAAAAGUGGAGAAGAAACGAAAAUCUCUAAAUGGCGUGGUCAAACAAGGUAUAAUGUUCAACAAGGACUUCGGCCAACACAUCCUCAAGAACCCGAUGAUAAUAACAGCGAUGCUGGACAAAGCUGGCCUCAGGCCCACUGACGUAGCAUUGGAAAUAGGUCCUGGUACAGGAAAUUUGACCAUGCAACUCUUGAAUCAAGUCAAAAGAGUGGUGGCCUGUGAAAUAGAUACUAGGCUAGUAGCCGAGCUGCAAAAAAGAGUACAAGGAACGCCUGCCCAACAAAAGUUGCAGAUCCUAGUUGGGGAUGCUCUGAAAACUGACCUUCCCUUUUUUGAUAUUUGCAUUGCUAAUAUACCCUAUCAAAUUUCUUCUCCCCUGGUGUUCAAGCUGCUUUUGCACAGACCGUUCUUCAGGUGUGCUGUACUGAUGUUUCAGCUAGAAUUUGCUCAAAGACUCAUAGCUAAGCCAGGAGACAAACUGUAUUGCAGAUUGUCUGUUAAUACUCAGCUUUUGGCUAGAGUUGAUAUGUUAAUGAAGGUGGGCAAAAACAACUUUAGACCGCCUCCUAAAGUAGAAUCUGCAGUUGUGAGGAUAGAACCAAGAAAUCCACCUCCACCUAUCAACUAUACAGAGUGGGAUGGCCUGACGAGAAUACUUUUCACACGCAAAAAUAAAACUCUGGGCAGUACUUUCAGACAGACAGCAGUACUGGCCAGUCUAGAGAAAAACUACAAAGUUCAUUGCAGUCUACACAAUAUAGAAAUGUCAGAUGAUUUCAAUAUCAAGGAGAAAGUUGAAGAUAUUUUGACGAAAAUAGAAGCUGAUCAGAGAAGAGCCCGUGUGAUGGAUAUAGAUGAUUUUAUGGGAAUAUUACAUGCCUUCAAUGCUGAGGGGAUACAUUUCUCGUGAGGAUGACUAAAAGGUGUAUAAAUAUUUUCAAAUUGUAUAAAUAAUAAUAUAAAAUAUGGUAUGUUAUGUACAAAACAACAUUGCUUAAAAAUGUAUCAAAGUGUGACUUAAUAUCUUUGGAUGAGGUUGGUUGGAUGUGGAUGACUGCAAGUUGUAGUCUAAUUCUGAAAUGAAAAUUAAUGAUUUGUUCAGUGAAUAAAUAUUGAAAAAAUAUCAACCCACGCCCUUUAUAUCCCAUUAUUCAUCAGCGCUC